UGCUGCGGGAAUGGUUUAACCCGUUACCCACACAGUGAACGAGACAGAGAGCACAAAGGAAGCGCAUACACGGGUCGAUUUAUGAGGGAUUUAAUAGGAAAGCAUGAUGUAAACACGGACUAAAAACCGCAAGGCAGCAUUUCCAUUUCCCGUCGCACCGCUCCAUUAUCGGUGUUCAAUAUUACAUGAGGUCCCGGCUAACAACAGCGCGUCUGUCUGGACACAGAAAGACAGGCAGUACGCGAGAAACCGAAGCCAAGAGGAGUUGAGCAUUGUUUCAUCUUCGCUUCGGGCUUGGAGUUGCUCGGUGUGUUUUUUCUUUUGGACUGAGGCUAUGAUGUUGGGUUUUUCAAGCAGACAAGUGGAGAUUCUCUUCUUCUUUCCUUAAAAAGAAAAUCUGUUUUUCUCGUUUGAACUCGGGGAUGACAAAGGAAACACACGCUAAUAUGUUGCAUUUCUGAGGUAGACACAUCUCAAUGGGCGAGUCCCACUGAUCCGCACAUCCCUGCACAUCCCCUCCACCCCACGUCCCUGCCCUCCUCUGUUCCCCGUAACGCCACCCACUCCUUCACUUCAGUCACCAUGACUUCCACCAGCCGACUGCUGGGUUUGACUGAGGUGGGACUGAGAUGUGACCAGGACAUUGAGAGGAGGUAUGAGAUCGUUCCCUCAGUGGUCUGCUCCAUGUGCUGCCUCUUUGGAAUCAUCUACUGCUUCUUUGGCUAUCGAUGCUUCAAGGCCGUAUUGUUCCUCACAGGCCUAAUGUUUGGCUCUGUGGUCAUCUUCAUGCUGUGCUACAAGGAGAGGGUGAUGGACACUCAACUGAGCGUGGAGGCAUCAGUGGGCAUCGGCCUGGGCAUCGGGACCCUGUGUGGCCUGGUGACCAUGUUGGUUCGCAGUGUGGGACUGUUUAUGGUGGGCCUGCUGCUCGGCUUGAUGCUUGGAGUCGCUUCACUGGUGACUAUGGAGGAGUUCUACCACCCCAGAACAGUGUGGGUUCCUCUGGGUAUUCUCCUGGGUUCUGGGACGCUUUUUGCCGUCCUCACUCUUCAAUGGCAGCGCUGCUUCGUCACCCUUUCAACCGCCACAUUUGGCUCCGCAAUCAUCACUGUCACUGUGGAUUACUUUAUAGAGCUGUUCGCCUUGGUACACUACGUCUACGAGAGACUCAGGGUGGCGCCAAAGAAGCCAGUGUGCUGGUUUACUUGGGUCAUCUUGGGGGUGUGGCCGGUCCUGGCUCUCCUCGGAGUGCUGAUCCAAUGGAAAGUCACUGCAGAGGGAUUUUCUCACACAGAGGUGGUUUUAAGUCGACAGCAACGGAGGGUCCAGCUCAUGCGGAUCCGACAGCGGGAAGAGAGGCUGAAAAAGGAGAAAGACACCAAGAAGAAGAAGAAACGAGAGAACCAGAAGACCAACCACAAGCAGAAAGCCCACACCCAUCACCACCACCACCAGCAGUACCAUCACCCAGCGGCAUCCCACCCUCAUCACCAAGCCCAGAGCUCUCAGCCACCUAAAGUCCCCCCUCCUCAGACUGAACCCGGCUACCACCGCAAGGUCAACCCUAAAAGGCGCUUUGAUGGAGAUGUGCUAUCACCGAGCUACAUCAAGAGCUUCAGGGACAGACAAACAGACAGACGAGCGUACUCCCAAAGUCGAAUGAUGAGCCGCUCCCGGAUGGCUGAACUCGACUACGACUGCGGCUCUCGAGUGCCCCUCACGGCUCCCAGUGGACCCCCAGUUCACAUCUGAGACAGGGAAAUGCACACAAGUACACCCAACCACACACACAAUCAUACAAGACAAGACUUCAAAAGUCUUUGUCAGUUAGGGAUAGAAAACGUAACCCUACUGUGCCAACCUAAUCAACUGCCUAUUAACCCAACAGGAACUAAAUAUGUCCCAAUAAGGUGGCGUGUCCCACACUGGUUUUUGUCCUCGCAGACCUGUAAGAAGUUGUAAUUAUUUGACCAGUUUGGUCCUAUUUUGUUCUCUAUGUAUAUCAAGAUGCAAGGUCCGCACCUCUUCUUUUGGAUGAUGCAAGAACUGAUUGAUUUGUCAAAUCUUAAACAUGAGUCAUCACAUACUGUAUUUGACUUCAAACCUCUUAUCUGGUUCUUAACCUGUCUGGUGGGGAGUUGAUUGAAAUAUCUCCAUUGAACAUUUGAUUUAAAGAAUCUUCUGGUUGCUUUCAGUCAUUUGCAGUGGGAUUGCAGAGUGGGAAACAAUAAAAAACAGUCCUUUCUCCACUGGAGGGCUGCACCAUUUCAGAUCAAAUGCAUCACGUGGCUUCUAUGGAGUCAAGGUAGCACAACCUUCAACAAACCUUCCAUUGUAUCUUUAAUUCAACGGUAUUCAAGGAGGAAACGAUUCGCUUCAAGGAUUCCAUUGAGAGCACUCGGAGGAAAAUGACAGGAAAACGUCAAAAACUACAGCUAACACUGAAACAGAAAGGCAGCUCUUCUUCAUCAUUUUUUCUCCACCGAAAGGUCACUGUAGGAAGUGAGGUGUACAUGAAGUCAGCCUGAUAUCUCCACUGACAUCUUGUGAAUCCAGACAUGGCAGCCAGCACAAGUUUUCUGCUGCUUGAAAAUGCAGAACAGGUACUGCUUUUAGGUGUGCAUGGAUCAAAGAGUUCACACCAAAGACAACUUUCAUGUUAUAUCUCCCACGAACACUCAGUGUGUCAUUGCCUGCAUUUAUGUCAGUUUCCAGGGGUUAUGUGCUUACAUGUCAUCUCCUCCCUUUGGCACUCGAUCGCCAGCUGUUUUAACCACGGACCUCCCCUCUUCCUUCCUCUUUCCACUGAAAUUAAAACAUUUUGUAACGUACUGUAUCUAAUUAUAUUCGUCGACAUGUUUCUAAGUGCUCUCAUGUCCCUUUUCCUUCUUAUCCUAAAAACGAUCCACUUGUAUUGAAUUUGUCAGCCGUGUGCUGUUGAGGCACAAAGACAAGAAACUGCUUUCUAAAUCUGGUCAUCUAGGAAUUUGACAGUUGACAAUACAUGGCAGUGAAAAUGUUAAAUAUAGUGUGUUUGUGUGUGUGAGUGGACGCAGGAGCCCUGUGGCAAGUGAUGGAUUGCACCAAAUGUUGGCUGAGAGGGGGGGAUUCAUUGUAAUGUCUGUAAAACAUGUUGUAUUGUUUUUCCUCUUUGUGCUAAUAUACUGGUGCGAUUAAUAAUGUGAAUCUUAUAGUUCGGAUGAAAUGCUAAAUGAUGAAAAGCAGGAGGAGGAACAUUAUCUCCUGUAGAUGAUGAGACAUGGGGAAAAGAUGAAAUCAUUUGCAAAUGGCGCCCUCUAAUGUUUACUACUGGACCUUUUCUUUCUAGACUUACUGUGUAUGUGCGUAUAUGUUUGUGUGUUAAAUGCAUUUGCGUGUGAGUUGCUUUUAAAUUCUGAUGUGCUCCAAACAUUAAUAGUGUUGUAUUGAACCGCCAGAGAGGUGAAGGAAGUUAGAUUUGCACAGGAAGUAUUUACAGUACCAAGGAACACUUUUUGUUUUAUUUGAACCUCUUUGGAUUUGAGAUACUGUAGUCCCCCCACAAUAAACACCAACACUACCAAUGUUACAAUUCCCACGGAGACUAAAUGGUACUGUCAACGUAGUUCUCUUCUUGAGGUUUAGAUAAACAAAACGAUUCCACAGUACUGUACUUAAAUACUAAAUACCUAAAGAGAUGUGACAGACUUGGCACUGGAGGACCAAUCAUUCUCACCAUAACCCAUUACUGCAUGAGAAUCCUUGUGUAACUGUUUCCAAUGUGUCGGUGUUUCAGUGUGUCACUGUUGUCAUGUGAAAACCUCAGAUUUCCAUUUUGAGUUUGUUGGUCCCAAAGUGCACAAAACACAAUCCACAUUGACAGAAUGAAGUAAAAGUUGUGGGAGGACGUCAACUGAAGAGUUUUCAGUGACCUCAGUGAAGUUAUAAUAGUUAAUAAGAAACACAUUUAUAGAACAACAUUAGUGAAUCUUGAAAGGACCAACAGCUGUCCAGGUAAAGGGCUUUGAAAACGCAUUAAAAAAAUGAUCUCCCUUUGACAUGCGUUAUGCUAAGUCACCUUCGUUUCUACUGUAUCAUUGUUUCGCCAAUAAUGUUUAGCAGUAGUGGCUGUUCAAGUGUUAUUUGGGGCUUUGCUUACACUUCAGUCCUGUUCCUCUGUAGGGGUUUUACUGUAGUGCGCUUGUAACCUCAUCACUGUCUUUGCAUUUUAGAAAGACAAACAUUUACAAAAUGGUCAUUUAAAACAGCAGCCCCAUUUCUAAUGUGGGGAGGAAAUUAAUUACUAUAGUUAAAUCUUCAGACUUUCUUUUCAGCUUUUUUUUCUUUCUAUUAUUUUCUGUGAUUGUCCAUCACUGCUGAAUAUAUGUUGGGGAAACACUUGUUGUAGAUAUUGAACUGUAAAUAAUUUUUAGAUGUACAAAUGUUUUAUUUUAUUUUCAUGUUUACACCAUGAUCGCUUAUUUCAUUCAUCCAGCAGAUUGCAUUAGACCUUUUUUAUAUUGCGUUACUACUGUAUGUCCAUAUGGUUUGAUUUUGUUUUGGCUGGGUGGUGGAUGCACUUGUAUAAUUCUGCUGUUUCAACGUGUGAUGUUGAAAAUCAGCAAACAAACUGAGCCUUGACUCUGAUUAUCACAACCAUCAAUUAACUUUCCUACCACCUUGUUUAAAUGUGUACAAAUCACCUGAUGAUGAUGACGAUGAUGAUGAUUAUUAUUAUUAUUAUUAUUAUUAUUAUUAUUAAUGAUAGCAUGAAUUUAUAUGGACCUAAACUAUGAUAAACAUUGUGAUUCUACAA